AUGCCGCAAGGUGUUUCAGCACGCCAGCGACAAGGUGGUCGAACGGCCUUACCAAGCCAACGACGCCAGCCGAAUCACUCAUCAAGUGUCAGUCAGCCUGCUAUACGCGAUGAAUCUAUGGCAAUGGGAGACGCAACGGAGCAAGGAAGAAAAAGGAAGCGGGAGUCUUUCGACACCCCAGAAGUCGCCCAGGAAAAUGAGCAAGCUUCCGGGAGUCUCGACUUCAAAACAAUGAUUGAGCAAAGCAUACAAGAUGGAAGGCGGAAGAGACAACAGACUAAACUCGAGGAGCAGUUUCUGGAAGAGGAUAAUACGGAGGAGGGUGCGGAGGAGGGUGCAGAGAAUGAAGCAGAAGGGCAUGAUUCCAAGCAAAAUUUAUUAGAGGAAGACGGCUCGGAGGAGGCUCGAGUGGGUCGGGAUGGCCAGAACAGUGAUCCAGUGCUGGACGAGGACAACCAGAACACCCCAAAUGCCACAUCCCCUUCAACAAUGUCAGCUCAAGAGAAAAAGUGGUGGGCGAUGAACUUCGAAGAACUUUACAAAUAUGCAAGGAGUAAGAAUUUUGGGAAAACCGGAAAGGAGGGGAGAAAAUCUGGCCGAGUCAAGAUCAUCAAGUGGCUUUGCGAGAAAGAACACAUCACACCUUACGUUGCGCCCAUCAUCACGUCCGUCGAAGCAACCCCAAUCAUUGCACGUCCCCUUGUACGUUCCACUGGUGCAAUAUCUCACCCCGAGGCCAUCCUACGCACGCCCGAUCCUGCUGUGCAACGUUUAAUCGACGAGAGACAGGAGUUCUAUCAACAAAAGUCGGCCGCCGAUUUGCUGAAGCUUGCAAUGCAGCGAUCCUACCAACUUCUCAAGGACAGCAACGGCAAGCUCCCGUCUAAGUCCAUCAGAGCGAUAUCCCAAUGGCUUGCGGCUUGGGAUGUGCUCAAAAGCCCAAGAGAGAAGAAGUGGUGGCUGGCUGAUGGCAUCGAUCUGGUCAACAAGGCGAAAGCGAUGGGAUAUCAAGGUCCUUCUAGGAAGUAUGAUGCUAUUAUUUGGCUUCGCUAUACCCCGGAAGAUGCGGAGGUUGAGGUUGCUGAGGUUGCGGAGCCUACUCCAAACAAGAAGCGUGAGGCAAAGCAGCCCGUUUCGAAGCGUUACGCAAAAGGGUCAAGAAGGGUUGGUUACGACUGA